AUGACACGCGAACUGGAAGGCAUCAACACCGCUAUGCUGACUCUAACGUCUUUGGUCUUCGUCGCGCGUAUUGCCAUUCGAUUAUCCAAGCGAAGAGCAUUCGAGCUGCAAGACUUCUUUUGCUGUCUAUCUUAUCUGUUCUAUGUCGCAAUGCUCGUCAUGUUCUUCAAGGAGAACGACCCGCUUUAUCGAGCCGAGCGUGUUCAGAGAGGCGAGGCGCCGUUGUAUCCAGGGCUCCCCCUAUACCGACUUCUGUUGAACAAAGCCUCGCCAAAGUAUAACAUCAUGUGGUGGACGAUCUUGGCCUUUUGUGUUUUGUCGUAUGUGGGAAGUGCUAUGACAACCAUCUUCGUCUGCGACGACCAAAAAGCGAAGUACAACUACGGUAUGUGCGCAGAACCGAAUGAGCAGAAAAGAGCACAGUUUAGCCUAUGGUUUGCGUACGCAGUAGAUGUAGCUGGUGAUCUCGCAGUAAUGUUCCUUCCGUUUCGCAUGACCUGGAACCUUCGGCUACCCAGGGCUCAAAAGCUCGGCAUCUUCGUCCUCUUCGGAAGUGGUUGGAUAUGUAUUGUCUUUGCGACCCUCCGUGUCGUUCAAGUCAGCGUCAAAGAUGGUCUGCCAAAGAUACCGGACCCAAAGUGGUUGCAAAUGUGGACCGUCAUCGAGACUUCGAUGGCAGUCAUUAUUGGCUGCGCUCCAGCCUUCAAUGCUCUUCGUCGUCGCUCUGAACACCACAACGUUGAGAUAACGUCAGUUCGUCUUGAUAUGGAGACUGCAGGUGGCGGACAGACAUUGCGGGCGGAACCUUACAUGCGAGUGCUGCGAACGAACGAGCAAGGGAGUGAAGAAGCACUGCAUCCACGCAGCACGCCUGGACUGGCGUUUUAG